AUGAUUCUGCUAUCUUAUAAUGUGAGGGGUUUAGGUAGCAAUGUAAAGCUACGGGCUAUAAGGGAGUUGGUGCACCAAGAAAAGGUUGGCAUGCUACUUGUACAUGAAUCAAAGCUAGAAGAAGUUGAUAUCAGGGUCUGUAGAUCUUUAUGGGGGAGUGAUGACUGUGAGUGGCUUUUCAAAGCGUCUGAUAAUCGAGCUGGUGGUAUUAUUUGUAUUUGGCAGAGAGGUAAAUUCCAGUUGCAUAAUAGUCUAGUUGGGGAUGGUUUCGUAGCACUAUUGGGAUACUGGGAGAAUCAACCUUCAAUUUGUGGUAUUAUUAACGUCUAUGCUCCUUGCAACUCAGUGGGAAAACAAAAAUUAUGGGAUGAUUUGGAAGAACUCAUCAAUAACACAGGAAUCUCUUGUUUUUGCAUAGCGGGAGACUUUAACGUUGUUUCUAGUCCUGCUGAGCGGAUUGGGGCUGUGAAUAAUGAUAUGUACGAGCACAGGGAGACUAUUGAUUUUAACUCUUUUAUCUCAAAUCUACAGCUGAUUGAACCCCCUUUGGCUGGGAAAAAAUUCACUUGGCACAGAGCAAACGGGCAGGCUGCUAGCAGACUGGAUAGAUUUCUCCUUUCUAGUGAUUGGUGUUCGUGUUGCCCAAACAGCAACCAGGUAGUUCUGAACAGAUCCUUCUUCGACCAUUGUCCUGUUCUAUAUCGAGGUGUAAAUGUGAACUGGGGUCUGAAACCCUUCAAGGUAUUAAAUUGCUGGUUUUCCGACCAUCGUUUUAAAGAUUUUGUGACUAGGGAAUGGGCCAGCUUUCUUUUGAGGGUUCUGGAGGUUAUGUAUUAA